AAAUGUUUCAACUAUAACAACAAAAGAUAUUUAAUAUUAAAUAUAUUAGCAAAUUAAGUAAAAGAAAAAAAAAAUUCAUAAAUAAAUAAAACAAAGAAAAAAGAACAAUCUCAGAGGAUGUAAAGUAAUAAAGUACAUAAUAAACAAAUACUUAAAAACAACAUCAAAGAGGCUAUCAUCAUUUGCACACACUUAACCAUUUAAGUGAUUGAAAGGGAGAAAGGGAGAAAAGGGCGUUUAGAGGAGGUUUACUAAUCGCAGUUCGAAAAAUGAACGGUACACUACCGUCACGAUCGAAUGACUCAUCGUCAACUAUAAUAAAAUAUGAGAAAUCUUCCUGUUUAUUUUGUAAUGAGUGGUUCGAUUCGCAAACCUUUACGGAACACUUAAUACAUUGCGGGCAAGUAUUGGAGCAAUGCCCCAACACAUGUAAAGUCUUCUUGCCGCGUCUAAGGAUGCGAGCCCAUCUUAAAGAGUGCCCACAUGCGGAGCACAGUAACUCAAGUUGCGAGAAUUUAGAUAAAAUGGCUGAACAAAGAAUUCAAACGCUGGAAAAUGACAUAAACACAUUACGUACGGUGUUAAAUGAAGAAAUACGACAACGUUUACAUUUGAUAACCGAUCUGGGUAAUGUGCGUAAACAAAAUCAAUUACAGGAUGAAAUGUCGCACAGCAUACAAGAAUCGCUAAAACAUUUGCAAAACCGUUUAAAUGAAGAGAAUACACAACGAUGCUAUGAAGUGGAACAAUGCCAGCAGGACUUUCGCUAUUGCCAUGAUAUUGUACAGACGUUAAAAACGGAAUUGCAGCACGAAAUCGAUGACUUGGAAAAGCACAUUAAUCGAGUAUCUUUGGAGGGAGCACGACAUCAAAAUUUAUUAAAUGAUAACAUUCUGCAAUUAGAGGACACCGUCUUAGCUCAUGAAAGGAAUAAUCGCGACAAAUUCAUAGAACUUGAAAAUUAUUUGCAAACUUUCAACGAUGAUAUCAAAAGCAAAUUACAAGUCAAUGCCGAUCAUAAUGCCAAAUAUGCGACUUUAGGUCUGGAGAUCAAAAGCAUGAAACAUAUUGUUUGUGAGACUGAAGAACGUUGUGACAAAUUGGAAGCAUUGUUUACCGAAAUGGACCGUAGCUUACACCAUACCAUGCAAUUGGUCGCUGAUAUGGAAAAUUAUUUAUCUACGCAGCAAAGACUAACGAGUAUUAUAAAUACUAGAGGUCAUUUAAUUUGGCAUAUUAAGGAUUUGUCUAAGAAAAUGGACGAAUCUAAAAAGUAUGAUACGAUAUUGCACAGUGCUAUGUUCUCUAAUAAGCCUUACGGUUAUGCUUUGAGGCUCGAUAUUUAUUUGAAUGGAAAAGGAAAUUGGAAAGGUCGUAACAUGUUGGCUUGUUUGAAUGUUUUACCCGGAGAAUAUGAUGCGCUUUUAACGUGGCCUUGUCGCUUGCAAGCCAAUGUUUUAAUCCGUGAUCAGCGUUAUACAAGUCAAUCGGAAGCCGACGAUUAUAUGAAGCUUGUUAAUGUUCGUAAGAAAAGUGAUGAUUAUAUACAAACUAAUCAAUUUUUUUAUAUACCUCAUAAGAUCCUAACGCAGGCUCAAUAUUUAAAAAAUGAUUCAAUUUAUGUUGAAGUGAGAAUAUUGAAAACGCAAUAAAUUAUUUAUCCGUUGUGUUUUAUUUGUUCAUUUAUUUGUUUACAUUUUUUUAU